UGGACACCGCCAGCGCCAGCGCCACCGCCGCCGCCUCUGCAGCUCCAGCGGCCGUCCGGACCGCAGAAGACACAGACACAGGCAGAGGCAGAGCAUGUCGUGGGUGCCGCCGGAUCUGUCGGCGCUGUGCCGGCCGCACGCGACCGUCUCCACGUGCCUGCCGCCCGCCUACAUGUUCCUGGCCGCCGUCGCCUACAUGCUGGGCCGGAGCCCCGACGACCCGGCGCAGCACGGCCAGCCGCAGGCGCCGCCCUACUUCACGCAGUUCGCCGGGGGCGGCGGGGGCGGCAAGCAGCCCGAGGAGCGCUUCGACUUCAUCGUGGUGGGCGCCGGGUCGGCCGGCUGCGUGCUCGCCAACAGGCUGAGCGAGGUCAAGGACUGGCGGGUGCUGCUGCUGGAGGCGGGCGUGGAGGAGCCGGAGGUGGCGGAGGUGCCGGCGAUGGCGCCGCUGCUGCAGAACAGCAACCUGGACUGGCGCUACCGCACGCAGCCGGACGGGCGCGCGUGCAAAGCUCGCCGCGGGCGCUCCUGCGGCUGGGCGCGCGGCAAGGUGAUGGGCGGCUCCUCCGCCAUCAACUACAUGAUCUACGCGCGCGGUCACCCCAGGGACUACGACGAGUGGGAGCAGAAGGGCAACGACGGCUGGGGCUACCAGAGCGUGCUGCCGUACUUCAAGAAGUCCGAGGACAACGAGGACGCGGAGAUCGUGCAGAAGAGCCCGGGCUUCCACGGGCGCGGCGGCUACCAGACGGUGCAGUGGUUCCCGCACCAGGACGGGAACGUGGCGCCGCUGGUGGAGGCGUGGCGCCAGCUGGGCUUCGCCGUGACGGACGUGAACGGCGCGCGCCAGCUGGGCGUGGCGCUGCUGCAGGCCACGGCGCGGCGCGGCCGCCGCCUCAGCGCCAACGCCGCCUACGUGCGGCCGGUGCGCGCGCGCCGCCCCAACCUCACCGUGGUGACGCAGGCGCACGUCACCCGCCUGCUGCUCCACCCCGCCACCAAGCGGGCGCUCGGCGUCCAGUUCCUGCUGCAGGGCGCGCACGCGCUCUCCACCGUACUCGCCGACAAGGAGGUGAUCCUGUCGGCUGGCGCCAUCAACUCGCCGAAGAUCCUGAUGCUGUCUGGCGUGGGCCCCAAGCAGCAGCUGUCCGCGCUCGGCAUCCCCGUGCUGUCCGACCUGCCGGUGGGCCGCAACCUGCAGGACCACGUGACGACGGACGGGCUGGUGCUCGUGGUGCCCCGCACCAACACCUCGGCGUCGGGCAACAAGCAGCGCGUCGCCGACAUCCGCAGGCACCGGCUGCACGGCGACGGCCCGCUCGCCUCCACGGGGCCCCUCCAGGUGGGGGUGUUCGCGCAGUCGCAGUUCGAGGAGGAACACGAUCGCGCCGACCUGCAGUACUCGUUCGACGCGGCUAACGUGGCGGACCUGCUGCGCGACCCGGCCGAGGCGGUCGAGACGAACGUGGAGCCGCUCGCCUACUACGACGGCAUCACCGUGCGGCCCAUCCUGCUGGCGCCGCGCUCCCGGGGCGCCGUGCUGCUCAACCAGUCGGACCCGGUGUGGGGCGCGCCGGAGAUCCACUCCGGCUACUUCAGCGAGUCGCCCGACCUCGACAUCCUGGUGGCCGGCAUGCAGCUGGGGUCGCGGAUGGCCGAGACGAAGGCGAUGCAGCACAUCGGGGCGUACGUGCUGGGCAACCCGAUGCCCGCGUGCGCGGACCGCGCCUUCGGCUCCGACCAGUACUGGCGGUGCGUGAUCCGCCACUACACGGCCACCAUCUUCCACCCGGUGGGCACGUGCGCCAUGGGCCCGCAUUGGGACCGCAACGCCGUCGUGGACCCGCGCCUGCGCGUCUACGGCGUGCACCGGCUGCGCGUCGUCGACGCCUCCAUCAUGCCGACCAUCGUCCGCGGCAACACGAACGCGCCCGUCAUCAUGAUCGCCGAGAAGGCCGCCGACAUGAUCAAGCAGGACUGGCUGUCCUAGGCCCACACCCCGCCCUUCGUCUCAGGGGCGAGGCGAGGCGAGGCGAGAUAAUUCCAGGUGGCGGCUGCCUCUGGCACAGCGAAUGAACGUUAUCCCGUCCGAACUCCUUGUGAUAUUCACUCGUACAGGACGCAUAUAAAGUCUACAGAUAAACAUUCCGCCGUUUUUUCAAGGAUGUUUGCCGAGGGGUCUGAUAUAAGGAACAGUGCUCUACAAAGUUGUGUUACCAACGAUUGUGGCGUAGUUGUGCCUGACAUUUGAUGUCUUUGGAACCACUGACAAGGAUCUUUAUCGUAAGCAUUACUUACGUCAUCCAAUGUCCACAGACCCCAUAAUCUUCUAUCCGCCCGAACAAGAUGCAUCUGCCUCCGUUUGUCUAGCACCUAUUCCUUCCUGUCUGCUGAUACAAUCAACCUGGGUACGUAGUUUCCCACUUCGCUCUGUCUAUGCAGUGUCGGUCUGCCAAGGGAAAGAAUUUUCUGUGGUUCAAUCUUUCAUUAUCACCAGAUGAAUAUAUCUACUUCCCGUUCAAGUUUUUGAAAUACUAUGUUUGUUGAUCCUCUCUCCUCCAUCUUAAAGUCUCGAAGGACUGCUUCCAAAAUGUUUUUGGAACACGUGGUGCUCUACAGACCGAAUAAAUUCGAUUAACAUUGAUUUCCUCCCAUAUUCACGUUUCACUCUUCUGCUUUACAAUUUUUGCCACACUAGAUACGAUCAUUACAUUCACAUAGGCGUCUUUUUGUCUAACCUGGUUUUUGAAGCACUGUUUUUGUAAAAAAAGUCAAUGAUUUCGCACAUAUCAUUCCACUCGCUAUGGACGGUACUUUUUAAUAUGCCUGAAAGUAGCACAUAUCUUUUUUAUACGUGGUACUUUGCAGCUUGGGCAAUUUCUUUCCAAAUGGCAACUUUCAUAUUAUCCGACAUUCUAACUGCUCAUUACCGCGAUACUAUAUACUGGAAUACAGAAUCAGAAAUGCAAAAACUAAUAAGGUGAGUAAUGCAACAACUUACAUGGAGACAUGUAGCCUUUUGUUGGCCUUUCCUGCAGUACCUGUUUUUCCUAUAAGCAAAUGAUUCUUUAAAUUAGCUGUCCAGAAUUCCAACUUCUGUGUUAACGACACUUUGAACAGUGAGUCGCGGAGAGCCUAGCAUCCUACGAAAAUGCGGUGACAUUACUAGAAAUCACGUUCGUCUCGGUGUCAAAUGACGUUUCGUGCCCUGUCACCUUCCCAUGACACCAAGAAAGAAGAAAGAUCAUCGCCGUCACACGUGACGACUUUCGUGGUGGUGAAAUAUAACAACAAACGAAGCCACUGUCGCCCACACUUUAUAUCACCGUAGUUCCUAACUUCUUCAAUCCGUGUGAAAUAAAAAGCAAAUUAUUUAAGCAAAAAUCGGAAAAAAUCUCUCUAGUAAAUGUAGAAUCCUUCCAUGGAAUGUAUUUCAGACGUCUUUGCGGAGACCCUCGCAAAAUCCAGUAACUAGGUAAUGAGCUAUUCCUUAUAUCACUGUACCCAGCAAACACCCUUGAAACGACCACAGCAUGGCUGUGGAUAAAAAUUGUAUCCGACCUGUGUAAUAUAAUUAUUUUUAAUAAUUUUGUUUCUCAUAAUUGUCCUGAAUAAUUCUUAAAAAAUAUGAACAAACGUAUGUUUGAUGUGCCCACAGA